GCCCGUGUAUCUGUGUGUCCGUCACGUCUGAGGGUGUGUGAGUGGAGGGCGUUGCUGACUGCGGCCUGGCCACGCCCCCCGCAAUGGCCAGUUGCCUGGCAACCGGCCCUGCUCUGUUGAUACAAGAGGCCAGCGGACCAAUGCGCUUGCGCCGCAGCACCACUGUGUACGUAAGAGAACCGCCGCCUGUCAUUGGUAACUCCGGCAAGGUGGUGGUGAGACGCACUAUACCGCCGGGCCAUUGGCGAGAACGAGUCGGCGCUGGUGCUGCCCGGGCGCAAUGCUGCUGCUGCCACUGCCGCUGCUGCCGCCGUCGACGGCGACGUCGGCCGAGGCACUUGAGCGCGGCUCGAACAAUAUUUGUUGGCAGCAAGCGCAAGCCAAAUAGUAGACAAGCGUUCCCCUCUGCAAACAGUCACAUUCAAGAGCUCAAGCCAAAGAGACACUCGAGCGGACCAGCAGCUAAAGCGGCAACAGCAACAGCAGCAGCAUCGGCAUCAGCCCAAAGCAGCAAAAGCAAAAGCAGCAGCAGCAAAAGCAGCAGCACAGCACAGCACAACUCCCAGCUUCAGACUUCAGUGGCCAACAGCCAGCUAGAUAUUCACGUUCGUGCGUCGGUGUUUUGUGGCCGCUCGGUGCGGCAGACAACAAAAAAAAUACAAAAAUACAAGAAUACAAUACAAUACAAUAGAAAAAAAGAAUCGAAUCAUAACAGAAAAUAAAUAUAUAUUUUAUAUGAUUAUCCCGCACAAAUAAUUAAACCACAGUGUGUUUACAAACAAAGCUUAGAUUCAGAAUCGGCAUCGGUAUCGGUAUCAGAACCUUCCAGCCAACAAGUGACAAGUGCCGAAGUGCUCUCGAUAAAAUGCCAGAUAUAUGCAAACCGAUUGAAGCAGUGAUAGUGCACUGAAACCACAGUUGAUAUACAAUACAUAUAUAUCACAGUAAAGCCACGUUUUAAAGACCUCCUUUUUGAUUUUCGUUUUGACUAACGCGUUGCAGAACGCGUUGCCUUUUCCAUCGAUCCACCAGAGGGCAGCGCCUCCGAAAGCCGGCAACAUAACGGCGCAACUAUUGAACAGCUUUCUGAAGGGUAGCCCCCACCAGACCACCAUUGACAUCAUGCAGAAGCUCUACGCGGAGCCGCCUCCGAGCAGUGCUCCGGUGAGCAUGGCCAGCUCGGGUGGCGGUGGUCCUCCGUCGGGUGGCGGCGGAGGAGGCGGCGGCGGAGGAGGAGGCGGUGGACCUCCACCGCCCAGCAACAACAACCCGAAUCCGACGAGCAACGGCGGCAGCAUGAGUCCCCUGGCCCGAUCCGCCUACACAAUGAACAGCAUGGGCCUGCCGGUGGGCGGCAUGUCAUCCGUCUCCCCCCAGGCGGCGGCCACCUUCAGCUCCAGCGUCCUGGACUCGGCGGCGGCGGUGGCCAGCAUGAGUGCCAGCAUGAGCGCCAGUAUGAGCGCCAGCAUGAAUGCCAGCAUGAACGGCAGCAUGGGUGCGGCGGCCAUGAACUCGAUGGGCGGCAACUGCAUGACCCCCAGCUCGAUGAGCUACGCCAGCAUGGGAUCACCGCUCGGCAACAUGGGUGGCUGCAUGGCCAUGUCGGCGGCCAGCAUGUCGGCGGCGGGAUUGAGCGGUACCUAUGGCGCCAUGCCGCCGGGAUCGCGGGAAAUGGAGACGGGAUCGCCCAAUUCGCUGGGCAGAUCGCGAGUGGACAAGCCGACCACCUACAGAAGGAGCUACACGCAUGCCAAGCCACCAUACAGCUACAUCUCGCUGAUCACCAUGGCCAUCCAGAAUAACCCCACCCGAAUGCUGACGCUCUCGGAGAUCUAUCAGUUCAUCAUGGAUCUGUUCCCCUUCUACAGGCAGAAUCAGCAGCGCUGGCAGAAUUCCAUUCGGCAUUCGCUGAGCUUCAACGACUGCUUCGUGAAGAUUCCCAGGACGCCGGACAAGCCGGGAAAGGGAUCGUUUUGGACGCUGCAUCCGGAUUCGGGGAAUAUGUUCGAGAACGGUUGCUAUUUGCGCCGACAGAAGCGUUUCAAGGACGAGAAGAAGGAGGCCAUUAGGCAGCUGCACAAGAGUCCGUCGCACAGCAGCCUGGAGGCGACCAGUCCGGGCAAGAAGGAUCACGAGGACUCGCACCACAUGCACCACCACCACCACAGCCGACUGGAUCACCAUCAGCACCACAAGGAGGCGGGCGGAGCAUCGAUCGCCGGCGUGAAUGUUCUGAGUGCGGCGCACAGCAAGGACGCGGAGGCCCUGGCCAUGUUGCAUGCCAAUGCCGAACUGUGCCUCAGCCAGCAGCCGCAGCACGUGCCCACCCAUCACCACCACCAGCACCAUCAGCUGCAGCAGGAGGAGCUGUCGGCGAUGAUGGCCAAUCGGUGCCAUCCGUCGCUGAUCAGCGACUAUCACUCGUCGAUGCAUCCGCUGAAGCAGGAGCCCUCCGGCUACACGCCCUCCAGCCACCCGUUCUCCAUCAACCGCCUGCUGCCCACGGAGUCCAAGGCGGACAUCAAGAUGUACGACAUGAGCCAGUACGCCGGCUACAACGCCCUCAGUCCGCUGACCAACUCACACGCUGCCUUAGGCCAGGACUCCUACUAUCAGAGUCUUGGCUACCAUGCGCCCGCCGGAACCACGAGCUUGUGACAUCACCAAUACCCGCUGGCUUAAGGACGCGCGGAGCAGAUGCUGCGCUCGCAGCAGCAACAGCACUUGCAGCAGCAGCACCAGCAACACCAGCAGCAACAGCAGCAGCACCAGCUGCAUCAGCAGCAGCAGCAGCAGAUGCAGCAGUCGGCGCAGCAACUGACAUCCGCUUCCAAUACACCAGCAACAUCAGCAAAGGCCAGCGGCAAGGCGGGAUCGGCUUCGGCCUCGGGAUCUGGGUCAGGUUCGGGAUCUGGGUCAGGUUCGGGAUCAGGAUCAGGAUCUAACUACUCACAGAAGCUGCAACAGCAACACCAGCAGCAGCAGCAACAGCAGCAGCAACACCACCAGCAGCAGCAACAGUUGCUGCAGGAACUGCAGGAGGACUCGUCGAACAUCACCAGCGAUCUGAGCGAGGAGCAACUGCAGCAGCACCAGGCGGCGCAGCAGCAGUUGUACAACAACUAUCAGCAGUAUGCCGCGGCGGCAGGCUACCGAAAUUGGAAUCACGGCCUGGCAUUCAAUGGGGCCGCCGCCCUGCAGAAUCUGCUCUAGCUAUAGCUAUAGAUAGAUCCCGAUCUCCACAGGCAGCGGCUUUGUUGCGGGCCAGCCAAUUAGCGAGUGCAGUGCCGGUGGCUUUUAGCACCUGGCCACAUCCCACAUCCGCACUCGCAUCCCCAUAGCCAUCCUUUGAGCACGUGAGUCUCGGGCCGCAACUCGCACUUGUACAUAUAUAGCAAUACCUAUGAAGAGCCGAUCGAGAGCGCUGCCUUUUAAGUUGUUCAGUUCUUCAGUUCCAGUACUAUAUAGAUUCUGUUCCGGGGGGUAAAUUAAUCGAGACGGAGGAGCAGGAGGAGGAGGAGGAGCGAAAGAAACCGUGAUGUAGUUGUAAGUGCAGCAGAACUUUUGUUAACAUUUUUACGUUUUGCUAAUACAAAUACAAAAUAAUAAUUCCGUGCCAUUUGUUUUCGUUGUUUCGAAACAAGCAAUAACAAUCAAAGCGGUUAUAACUGAAAAUUUGAAAACACAUUUUAAAUGUAUCCGAGGAAGGAGAAUAUAGAUAGAGGAGAUAUAGAGAAGGGAUCGUGUGUAAUGUUCCAUCACAAAAAACAAAAGCCCCAAAUGAAAACAGUCCCAAAAAGAGAGAUACAAAUACUAAACCCUUUAUCCAAAGGCAAUCGCAAUCGCAAUCGAAUUCGAAUCGCAAAAGAUCAAAACCAAAAAGGAAAUCUAAAACCGAAAUCAUCAUAUUGAGCAGUCCAGCAAAAACCCUAAGAAUCUUCAACUAUCUAAGCAACAAAAUCUGGCCAUGCAUAAGAAAACGACACGUUUUAACUGAAUAAUUUAACAAAUUCCCAUUUAUAUAUACGCGCAUCGAUAUACGCCGAUAUAUCGCAAAAUCCCGCAUUUCAUUUACAUUAUGUGUCUUCUGUUGUUGUACGAAUUCGUUAGAUUAAGGCAUUUUGUAAAUAAUCUAUAAAUAGAUACCUUUAAGCAACCCCCUUCCCCAUCCCCACACAAAAAAAAAUCCAAUUUAACUAAGGACCCAUUGCAAGCAACCAACUUUUAACUAACUCGAGAAUUAAUCAAAUUGUAUGAAAUUAUGCCACACCACUUGAAAGUAAAUAUAAUAUAAAUAUAAAUACUGUAUAGCAUUUAACGUUUAAUUAGCAUAAAUAAUGAAAGCAAAAAACAAAAACGAAAACGAAAAAAAAUCACAUAAAAAGCGAAACUGCAAUUAUUAUUCAAUAAUUUUUAAUAUUAGUUAUAUUGUGCGUAAAGAAAAAUGAAAUAAAAAAUGAAAUUGCAAACACGAAACAAAGACCCAUUUUUACAUUGAGCUAAGCUAAUUAAUUAAACUUGAUAAAAAAUAGUCUAAAUAUAAACACACAAACACACACACACACACACACACUGGACAAACACACACCGACACUGACAGAGACACAGAAACAGAAACAAAUGAAAAUUAUUGUAAAAUACACAAUAUAAAAUUCAAUAAAUGUCAAUGCAAGAAUUAAAAUCCAACUCUAAAGCUAGUAAAAAUUAAUAUUAUUAUAAAUCAUGCAAAACAAACACAACGUCAACGUCAACGACAACCAAA